AUGUCUUCACGCUACGCACAAGAGAGGAAAAGAGACGGGUGUGGUGUGUAUAUCGAAACAGGACAGGCCCUUAGCCCCACCAUGGAGUGUAUCAGCGAGACGCUGAAAGAGCCUUCGAUGCGUAUCAUGACGCAGAUGGGAGCAGUAGAAAUUACCCUCGCCGACAUGAAGGGCUUCAGGCGCCUUAGAUACCUCGGGAUUGAUGCCGCCAUACUCAUGGGGGCAUAA